GCUGCUUCUGAGCGAGAAGGAAACCAAAACAACAUGGCGGCCUCCACACAGCACGUUGAGUCCACGUCCAAAGAGACAGAACCUCCAGAAAGUGACCGAACCGAAGCUCCCGAAACUACCAGAUCCACCGGGGAGUCAGAGUCCGGACCGGACGAACCGGAUCCAGGUGAGGAGGAGGAGGAGGGCGAGCCGCCCGGACCGAAGACGCGAGAAACCCCGCAGGACAUCCGGCUGGAGGCGGCCGCCAACUCCGUGGCUCUGCACCCCAGCAGGGACGUGCUGGUGUGCGGGGACGUGGACGGAGACGUGUACGCCUUCUCCUACUCGUGCACGGAGGGGGAGAACCGGGAGCUGUGGUCGUCCGGACACCACCUGAAGUCCUGCCGCCAGGUGCGCAUCUCCGAUGACGGCCUGCAGCUGUACACCGUGUCCCGGGACAAGGCCGUCCACAUGCUGGACGUGGAGCGGGGACAGCUGGUCACACGGAUCCGGGGGGCCCACCUGGCCCCCAUCAACAGCCUGCUGCUCGUGGACCAGAACAUCCUGGCAACCGGAGACGACGGGGGCACCCUGAAGGUCUGGGACAUGAGGAGAGGGACGGCCAUCAUGGACCUGAAGCACCACGAGGAUUACAUCAGCGACAUCACCGUGGAUCAGGCCAAGAGGAUCCUGCUCACAGCCAGCGGUGACGGCACCAUGGGCGUCUUCAACAUCAAGAGGCGGCGCUUCGAGCUCCUGUCCGAGUACCAGAGCGGAGACCUGACCUCGGUGGCGCUGAUGAAGAGAGGGAGGAAGGUGGUCUGCGGCUCCAGCGAGGGGACCGUCUACAUCUUCAACUGGAACGGCUUCGGAGCCACCAGCGACCGCUUCGCCCUGAAGGCCGAGUCGGUGGACUGCAUCGUCCCAAUCACCGACAGCAUCAUGUGCACCGCCUCCAUGGAUGGGUACAUCCGAGCCAUCAGCGUCCUGCCCAACCGGGUCAUCGGCUGCAUCGGGCAGCACGUCGGUGAGCCCAUCGAAGAGAUCGCCAAAUCCUGGGAUUCCCGCUUCCUGGUCAGCUGUGGCCACGACCAGCUGCUCAAGUUCUGGGACGUCUCCAGCUUACCUAAAACCACCGUGAACGAGUACCGCAAGAGGAAGAAGAAAGACGGGCGGAUGAAGUCGCUAACCAAGAAGGCCCUCGGCGACGACGACUUCUUCUCUGGACUGGUAGAAGAAAGUGAGAAGCAGGAGGAAGAGGAGGAGGAAGAUGACAGCGACAGUGGUAGUGAUUAAAACUUUCAGUCGAUGCACCUCCUCUGGAGAACUGAGACGGGACUGGUGCUGUGGCUGCUUCCAGCUGCUCCUGCAGCUCCAUCACUUCACCUGCUACUGACAGAAGCAGCUGAAGGUGGCCUCACACAUCAGAUGUGAAUGAACAUCAGCUGAAGUUCUUUCAGCUGAUUGUUUCUGGACAACCUUUAAAAAUGUUGGGGAGAACACUGAACAGAUAAAAGUGACAUUUUGGAUUGAUGUGACAGAACCAACAGCUGCUCCACAUCUGUCCACCUCUCCAGGCUCUCUUCCAACUGCUCCCUACCCUCACUGCAGAUGGUACAGUCAUCAGAUGAAACAAAGUGUUCAGUUUACCUGACAAACAGACAGGAAGAUGUUUCAGUGUGAAAACUGGAAUAUUUAUAUACGUACUUAGUAAAUUUACCCAAAGCCUUCAUCUUAAAUGAGUUUAACUCUAAAUAUGGUAAAUUAUUUACAGGUGUUGGUAAUAAUAAUAAAAGAUGAU